UCUAAGAACUGGUUUCACGUUCAUUAGUAUCAUUUUCAGUUUCUGGGUUAAUUACCAGACACUGAGCUCCUCAGCUGCCACUUCCUAUCACAUGUUUCUUUAUAGAUCUCGAACUGCUGUGAGAGCCACCAAAGAAACAAUCACCGGCCUAAAUAUGGAUGAUAAUUCAGUGCACUGUGGCAAAGAAAUGUGUACUAGAGAUGGCACAGACGGUUAUUCUCACAUGGUAGGAAAAGAAAAUACAGGGCCAACCGUCAAUAUGGAUAUGCCAAAAUAUAGAAACAUAGAAUACUCUCAGAAUCUACUCAACUUGAAGUCUUUCAAAAUCGUAGAGCCUCGUGAAGGAAUGGAAUUCGAAUCGAAGGAGACUGCUUUUACAUUCUACAAGGAAUAUGCCAAAUCAUUUGGUUUUUCUGUUAUAAUAAAGGCUAGUCGUAGGUCCAGAAUAUCUGGAAAGUUUAUUGAUGCAAAAUUUGCCUGUACUAAAUAUGGAGACAAGAGAGAAUCUGGUGUGGUUGAAGUUUCAGAUCCUGUAUCAAAUUCAAAUAAUGGCAUAGGUGUUCAUGGGAAGAAAAAACGAGGUAGAACCAAUCGGUCGUGGGAGAAAACUGAUUGCAAGGCUUGUAUGCAUGUCAAGAGAUUGCAAAGUGGAAAAUGGGCAAUACAUAGUUUCAUACAGGAGCAUAAUCAUGAAGUUUUUCCAGAUGAAUCCUAUUAUUUUCAUGGUCACGGGAAUUUAGAAGUCGGUAGCAGUAACACUGAUGUCUUGCAUAGCAAUAGAGCAAGAAGAAAAAGUAAGCUUUGUAUGAAGUCCAAGCUGUCUGGAGGUUGUACAAUAGCCAAGAAGCAAAACGUUGCUGCCAUUGAUCAGGUAUGUAAGGCGCGACGUCUGGCUAUAGACGAAGGCGAUGUUCAAGUUAUGUUAGACCAUUUUGUUUGUAUGCAAGAUGAAAAUCCUAACUUCUUUUACUCUAUUGACCUGAAUGAAAAGCAGUGUUUAAGAAAUGUGUUCUGGGUUGAUGCAAAAGGCAGACUUGACUAUGCCAAUUUUGCGGAUGUCGUUUUCUUCGACACCACAUACAUUAAGAACGAGUAUAGAUUAUCAUUUGCACCUUUUAUAGGCGUUAAUCACCAUUGUCAGUUCGUUUUGCUCGGAUGCUCAUUGGUUGCUGAUGAGACCAAGCCUACAUAUGCUUGGCUGAUGCGGGCAUGGCUUAGAGCAAUGCAUAAAUGUCCUCCAAAAGUGAUCCUCACUGUACAAGAUGAAGCCCUUAAGGAAGCCAUUGCGGAGGAAUUGCCUAAUUCUUUCCAUUGUUACUGUUUAUGGGACAUUUAUAGCAAGAUACCAGAAAAGCUUAGUCAUGUAAUGAGACAACGUGAAAAUUUUAUAUCGAUGUUCGACAAGUGUGUUUUUAAGUCUUGGACAAUCGAAGAGUUCGAAAAACGGUGGCUAAGAAUUGUUGACAGGUUCGAACUAAGUCAUGAUUCAUGGUUUAAGUCGCUGUAUGCAGAUCGUAAUCGAUGGAUACCUGCGUGUAUGAAAAACAUUUUUUUGGCAGGGAUGUAUACACGCCAUAGGCCAGAAGGUAUCAACUCUUUUCUUGACAAGUACAUACAGAGAAAAACAUCACUUAGGGAAUUCUUAGACCAUUAUAGAACUUUUGCACGAGAUAAAUUCGAAGAGGAAGGAAAAGCAGAUUUAGAAACUUUGCAUAAACAGCCAGGAUUGAAGUCUCCAUCUCCUUUUGGGAAGCAAAUGGCUGGAUUAUACACGCAUGCAAUAUUUAAAAAGUUCCAAGUAGAGGUUUUAGGAGUAGUUGCUUGUCAUCCAAGAAAGAUAAGCGAAGAUGGAGUGAUAAAAGUUUUCAGGGUUCAAGAUUUUGAGAACAACCAAGACUUUCUCGUGGAGUGGAACGAAGCAACUUUGGAUAUCUCCUGUUUAUGCCGAUCGUUUGAAUUCAACGGUUACCUCUGUCGACACGUAAUGAUUGUUCUGCAGAUCUCUGGUAUACAUAGUAUUCCUUCUCAAUAUGUAUUGACUCGUUGGACAAGGGAUGCAAAGAGUAGACAACAAACCCAGAAAGGAUCUCAUGUCGAGUCGAGAGUACAACGGUAUAUCGAUCUUUGUCAGCAGGUGUUUAGAUUGAGCAAUGAAGGGUCCUUGUCCCAUGAGAGUUAUAACGUUGCGUUCGAUGCUUUGGAAGAAGCUUUGAGGAAAUGUGAGAGUUUGAAUGUCUCAAUCCAACCAUCCCUUGUAGCUCGUAGUAGUAGUAGCCAUGAAUCAGAAGAAGUAAACCAGGGUAAGAACACUAACAAGGACAAUAAAAAGAACACGACCAACGUAAGCAGACAGGAUUGCUUUGAGCCAGAAAUUAACACUGUCAGGAUUCAUGAUGGCUGGCAACAAUUGGCACCAGCCCUUCACUACCCUGAUGAACAGGGGGGCUCACAAGGGGUAGUACGGCUCACUCUCGACGCCCUCUGAUACUAUUUGAAAUAUUUGAACAAAGGAGCAAAGGAGCAGAAAAGCUCCAUCUCUUAACAACAGCUUAUGCAUGGAAUGGAAAAAGACAGUUCUAUCGCUUCUAGUCGCAAUGGUUGUUUCGAGCAUCGACAUAGCAUACGAGGGGCAGGGAAUCGAUUCGUACGACCUCUGCAAGGAGUUGUAAGAGAUGUUUGAAUAUCAUCUAUUCCACUUUUACUGACAUUAUUAGUUGAACAAAACAAACAAAACGUCGACUUGUAGGAGCAAUUGAACUUCAAACCCGACGCGGUUUCGGGUAGCUUUGACCUUCAAGUUGGUCAACAGGAUGUGGACCCAUCUAGCGCGGAAUCCACAGAGUUCAUGGCAUUUCAUCCAAUCAAUGCAAUUGAAAAUCUAUUUCCAUAGCCGAUCAUCUAUAGUAGCAACCAUCUUUAGUGUGCAUGAAUCUGAACCCGAACAUGAAAUCUUAGUAUCAACCGUUCGAGUAUCAUACUCCUUCCAUUUAUUGCUUGUCAUGACAAAAGUGAAAACUACCUAAGAAGUAAGAAUAUAGAUAUAAUACAACACGAACAAUGUUCAUAUAUCUAACAUAUUAUUUUUCAUAUA